AUGACUGCCAUCAUCCAACCUAAGGUCGUACGUGCAAAGAAAGCAGUUGUUAGCAAUGCAUCUAUGUGGGAUACUUUGGAUCUGCUGCUACCACCAGAUGCUGUCCCAAAAUCAUAUGAAGAUAAAGUGAAAGCAACUCCACAAUGUGAUUCUUUUAUGCAUCUUCACUUGGGUUUUGGUGUAGAGAAUGCGAGAGAGGGCCUCGGUGUCCAUCACAUUGUGGUUGAUAAUUGGAACAAAGGAGUUGAUGGUGAACAAAAUGUUGUGCUGAUAUCCGUUCCUAGUGUUCUUAGUAAGGACCUGGCACCGCCUGGAAAGCAUACUCUUCAUGCAUAUACACCAGGGACAGAACCUUUCCGUUUGUGGGAGGGAAUGGACCGGAAAAGUGCAGAUUAUCGAAGGCUGAAGGAAGAACGUUCUGAGGUGAUGUGGAAAGCAGUGGAGGCUGCUCUUGGCCCGAAAUUUAGCCGAGAAAAAUGCGACGUUAAGUUGGUCGGGACACCAUUAACGCAUAAGAGAUUUCUCAGAAGGAAUAGGGGAACCUAUGGUCCAGCCAUAAAAGCUGGAGAAGCCACUUUCCCUGGGCAAGCAACACCAAUCCCCCAGAUCUUCUGUUGUGGUGACUCGACUUUCCCAGGAAUCGGAGUGCCGGCAGUCGCGGCCAGCGGCGCGAUCGUCGCCAACACUCUGGUCUCGGUGUCGCAGCAUUCAGAGCUUCUUGACGCUGUUGGAAUUUGA